GUUAUCUGUUUAAUCAACUGCUUAAUUUUAUCAAUUAGCAGCUGAGCAGUAAUGAAAACAUGAAGACCCUCUUGCUCGUUAUGACCGGGGAAGCAGCCUCCUGGUCUAAAAUAGAAUGUAAAAGUGAUCACAAAAUCUGAAGCAACACAAGAAAGGCUGCAAAAUACAGGUAAUAUGUGCUAUCUAAACCUUGAGCAGUGAGGAUGGGUCUUAUCAUGCCAAGUAACCUGUGAUGCCUGUCAGCUGUUGGUAAUGAUUGGGUCGCUGUGAUAAUACAGCUUCAGAGUGAAAGACUGUGUGGGUCAUGUACCUGUCACAUGAAACUACCUGAGCAUGACAACACUGGCCCUGGCAUUCUGGGGUCUGUCAUCUAGUACACAUUUUAACAGCCAUAAAACAAAAGCCUGAUCUCCAACCUGCUGAUGAAUGUCUUUGUGUGUUCAGAGUGACAGAAAGAUGGCCUUAGCCUGGUAUAGUUAUGUUUUCUGAAAGAGAAAAUUAAAAGAAUACAUUUGUAUUUACAAGUCCCAGCAUCACCUCCACCUGUCUGGAUGCCAGAAGACCAACAUGCACAUGAAUUACUUUAAUUUCUGUAUGCAGGCAGGCUGUAAUUCAAAAUACUGGAGUCUUUAACCAUCCUAAAAUUAAAGAGAAAAGAGAAGUGACAGCACCCUGUUGUCUGCAUUAUAAAUGUUUCACUUUCAGGUUUGAGCUCUGUUAGCAAUCGAGACUGAGUGUGGUGUUAACACUUAAUACUCUAGAGCAGAAUUGUCCUCAGCUGGCUAAUAUCAGCCUUCGUAAAUGAAACCUAAAUUAAGUCAUAGAGUCAGUAAUGUAAGCUUGUUUAACGCUCUAAAUAUUUUAAGGGGGAAAUGAGCAUAGAGAAGUCGGAUGACCCAAUAAGCAAAAGUAAAUUUAAUAGAAAUCAAAGGUGAUCCGCAUUCAUGCGCUGCCCCCAUACUUAAGCCUAUCAUACAAUUAUAUAAAUGCAUCCAUGUUAAAUGUAUCAGUCCCUAUCAAAUUCAACCUAACAAAAACGUAAGUUACGCUUCAAAUAGAAUGUAGUUUAUUUUGGUAAUUUCAGGUUAUAAACCCCCAUAAUACUCCAAUGGGUAUUUGGUUCUGUGAUAAGCUAUAUACCCGAGUGCUGUUAACAUUUAAACGACUGGCUAUAUUGGAAAUGUAUAGGCUAUAAAAGGAGAGCCGAGAUCGUUUUAUUAUUUCUUCUUUGCGUCCGUUAUUUCUCAAGUAGUACCAGGAAAUUGACUGUGUUCAUCUGAAAAUCGUUAACCAAUAGUGGUGCGGUCUCUCCCCCGUGUGGAAAGAAAUGGGAACGUGGAGGCUCCGCUAUCGUUAGGCUUUCCCUUGCAGCGCAUUAUGUGCACGAGACUUCUAAAACUUGUCUUCAAAAUGCAAAAGUCUCUAUAGUGUCGUCCCAUGUGAAUAAUUGGUACAUGCUUUAUCGCUAUACUCACAGCCUGCCAAUUCGCAUUGAUUGUGUUAUGACAAGAAUACGUCAAUAUGUAGCCUACGAUAGCGUCAGCAAUGAAAAUGUGGAUUUAUCUACACCAAGGCUAGAGAAUUGAAGAAUUGAAGCAGAAAAGUCGCGUAGCCAGUAAACUGUCAGUAUUGUCACUCUUGAGCUGCUCCGUCACGAAACCUGCAUCUUCUGAAAGAGCGGAGCGUGCCGGUGACUCAGAUGGGGACGCCGCCUGUGGUUCCAGGCGUAAGACUCAGUUUUCCAGCCAGCAUCUGAACAGACAACAAACAAGAGCAGGAGUCCCUACAGAUGGAGCUGUAAGAAUCGUCCGCAAUCAUUCUGGAGAAGAGUAGCCUACUUACUGCUCGCGCUGCCUGUGGGAAAGGAAAGCAUCCUGGACUUUUUUAAACAAUUGCGCAGAUAGAGACGAGACGGGACUGAAGGAUAUACUUUGAAUACUUCUUAAAUUCUGGAUUUACAAACACGUGAGGGACAAACUGGACAUCUGCACGAAGGUAUCUGGAAGAAUCUAACGGGCUUCAAAAGCAGGUCAACAGGGAAGGAAGGAAAACACACGUACCAGAAGGACAGCGCACAACUAAAGAGUCACAAGGGGAGCACAACGCUGUGAAUUCUCAAGGCACCCCGCUGUCAGGCCGCAUUUCAGGUCAAAGAUGACACUAUUAAGUAUAAAACACUUCCUGUGGAUAUUUUAUGUGUGCUGUGCAGUUGCUGAACAUGAGCCCAUCUGGCAGAUGAAGGUGGAGAAGAGUCCCCCGGUCAGCGGCUCUCUUGCAGGAAAAGCGGUGCUGACCUGCCACUUCUCGACCGUGCCGACCGCGGUCCCCACCCUCAGCUCCACCUCGGCCGAAACCACCACCACUGCCAGCCCCGCCCCCACCACCACCUCGGCAGACCACCUCCGCAUCAAGUGGACCAAGUUGGAGGAUGACAUUGAGAUCACGGUGCUGGUGGCCCAGAAUGGGGUGAUCAAGAUCGGGUCGGCCUACCAGGGCAGGGUGUCUGUGCCCAGCCAUCCGGAGGAUGUGGGCGAUGCCUCUCUCACCAUGGUCAGGCUCCGGGCUAGCGACGCAGGGCUAUACCGCUGUGAGGUCAUGUACGGCAUCGAGGACACCCAGGAUACCGUCUCUCUGGAUGUCACUGGUGUCGUUUUUCAUUACCGGGCUCGCAGCAGUCGAUACACGCUGGACUUCAGCGAAGCCGUUAAAGCCUGUCGCCAGAUCGGGGCCUCCAUCGCCACAGCGGGCCAGCUGAGGUCUGCUUUUGAGGACGGGUUCGACCAGUGCGAUGCUGGCUGGGUUGCGGACCAGACUGUUAGAUACCCUAUCACGAGGCCCAGAGCUGGUUGCCAUGGAGACCAAUACGGAAGGCCUGGCGUCAGAACGUAUGGACUCCGAGACCCCAGCGAGAAAUACGAUGUGUACUGUUAUGUGGACAAACUGCAUGGUGAGGUUUACUUCUCAGCCUCUAAGAUGACCUUGGAGGAGGCCAGGCAGGACUGUGAGAACAGGGGGUACGUGCUGGCUUCCCCCGGCCACCUCCAUGCAGCCUGGAGGAAGGGCCUGGACCGCUGCGACUACGGCUGGCUCUCAGACGGCAGCGCCCGCUACCCCGUCUCUGUGCCCCGGACCCAGUGCGGCGGGGGGCUGCUGGGAGUCAGGACCCUCUACCGGUACCAGAACCAGACCGGCUUUCCCCAGCCCACCGAGAAGUUUGGGGCCUUCUGUUUCAACGGUCAAGACCCUGUCACCCCAGAACCAGUUACCACGGUGUCUCCCAAGUUGGCUGGCUCGGGCAAAACAAAGCCACCCAUGACUCCAAUUCCUGUCGGCACCACAUCCAUGGCGGAGGCUCCCUCCAUGUUCUCUACAAGCAUGGCUGCCCCAUGGGAAAGAGGGUCCCUUGGGUUGGUCACCCUUCCCCCUGAACCUGCCGUCACCACACAUGAAUUUGAUGUGGACGACUUCAUCAGUGAGAGCCACAGCCAAGUAGAGUCCGUUCCUCGGGGUGACACGCUGUACCCGGAGAUUCUGCCUCCACUGCCCACAAUGAGGAGUGCGCCACCCUAUCUGGACAUUGCCACAGAGGAAGUCAGGGUGAAGUCAACAACGGCUUCCCCUAGAGCACGGGAGGACCAGGAGGGCUCGGCAGUGGAGCGUCCCGUGGAUGCCAGCGGGUUCAGCCCAGAAACACCUGUAGACGAAACUCCUGCCCCUACGGCAGCUACGCAGACUGUUGCCAGGCCAACAGCCGGGGACAGAGCAGGAAAGACCACAGAAGAAGAAGGAAGCUCAGGGAGUCCUGACUCAGAGCCAAAAUCAGAAGAAAAGGAAACGAAGAAAGAGCUGUCUUCCUCGCACCAUGACUUGAGGAAACCGGCGAUUGUUUACAAGGAAGAUAAGGAGGGCUCUGCAGACAGUGACGUGUCUAAAGACACCACCGAGGUAGUCAUCAUUGAGGAGUCUACCACGAGGGUGCCCGGGCUGCGUGAGGAGGCCUCCAGGGAUAAGGACACCAAGGCUGAGGUUGAUGCAGAGUACCUUACACCAUCCACAGUGUCUCACACCAUGGACAAGCCAUUGGACACCCAGGACGUGGCCAUCCCCACAAAGCUUCCAUUCCAUAUUCUUUUUGUCAACGCGGAAGAAACAAAUCAAUCAGUCGAUCCCAUUUUGCGGUUCUUAGGAGAGGGAGCCCGCAUUGAUUCUCCAGACCAACCACACCCAGCAAUUGUUGGUGAACUCCCGUUGGGUAGUGGGGACAAUGAUCUCUAUCCUUCUCCUUUGGCCACCAUUGUCCCAACCCUGAGCUUUAUUAAUGGGAAACAUGAGUUGACUCUGGAACCAGAUCACCUAGGGGUUCAAGAAGCCAGAGGAGAUCAAUUUGAGAGUGUGUCUCCCUCUGAGAAUGAGGUACCCCAGUAUGAAGGACCUGGAGACUUCUCACAGGAAACAACAACCUCAUUUGACUACUCCGUCGUUGAAGCUGGUGUUUUACCUGAGGAAGAAGUCUCAAGGGACUCCAUGUCAGCAAAGCUCAAACCCUUGUUCUCAACCACCUUUCAGCCCUAUGACAGCGACUCUAUAGGAGCAGAUAAGUUUGUUGAGUCGACUCCUCCCCAGCGUCCCCGUCCCUCCUCACCUGAAUCAUCAGGUGAGGAGCCUAAAAUAAAGGCAACUACAUCAACCCAUGCUCCCGCAACAGUUGGACCGAGCACACCAAUAGGUGCGACACCGGGAAAAGAUUCCUCUCUGGCAGAAAAGGAUAGUCCCAAAGAGUUAUCCCCAGAUGGCCCAACACACAGAACCCCCUUGGAUGAAGAUAUGGAAGGAUCUACUGGUCCAGAAGGCUUAGGGCCUGAAGGUUCAGUUGUGCCCACAACUGAAUCUUUCAGCCAAAUGUCGGUGGCAACAGAUGAGGCGGAAAUAGCAGAGCGAGGGAAAGACUCAGAGGGUGUGAGUAUAGAUUUUACCACAAAAUCCCCUUUGAAACUUGUCUCCGUUAGUACUAGUGUUCUUACUGCAGACACCAGUCCGCAACCAGAAACUUCAGGUGACUUUGAAGGGUCGACUUCAGCCGAAGAGGAAGGCUCCACAUCAGAACCGUUUCCACCAACCUCUGUUGACGAAGCCUCUAAGGAUGAUGUGCGGAAAGCUGUGUCACCUCUGGAAGUCCCAAGCACUGUUGAGAAUGGUAUUGAUUUUACAGAAGGGGAGGAGACUUCAGGUGAUCAAACUGCUGAGAAGCUUCCCAAGGAGGCUUCAGUGACAAAAUCACCUGUUUUGCUAGACACAAAGGUGGAAUCCACUGCACCUUCAGUACAGUUGAAGAUUGAUGGUACCACUCAAGAAACACUGGGCACAGAGGAGAGUUCAGGAGACAUAAUUGAUACUAAAAUGUCCCAGCCAUCAAUUCCUGUUGUGAUACCAACUCCAACAAGCAGCUAUGUUAAAUCUGGUUUAGAAGAAAAGUUAGACGAGGAAAAGCAAGAUGAGGAAAAGCCUGUCAUCGACGUUGAUACCUCUUCAGUGGUUGAGUCUUCCCCGUCGCCUUUUCCAAUCCUAACCGAGGAAGCAGUGGGCAUGGCUGUUGUGACCAUCACCCCAAAAACCCCGUCUGAAAAGACCCAGGACACAGAGGGAUCCAGUGAAGACUUAACUCCUGACUCCAAGCAAGUUGUGUCAAAAUCUACCACAGCCCAACCAACAACUACUUCUAGCUCUGUGUCGUCAGAGGAAUUUUCUGGAGACAGCGUCAAGGCUUUGACUGCUGCCCAGCCUGAAGUGGUAGUUUAUGUAGGGACCACUAUCAUCCCAAAGCCUGCAACAACACCUAAAGAGUCUUUCCAGCAAGUGAUGUCAGAGGUCACUUCAACACAUCUUCCAUUUGCUGAUAAGGUCCUUGAGGAAACUGGGCCUACACCCACAAAGCCUGAAUCAAAAUCAGACUCCAGUUCUCAGGAGCAGGAACCUCAGCCAUCUCCAGGCACAGAAGUAGUCAAAUUGCAGUCUUCCAGCUCUGAAAGCUCCUCAGGGGAAGAGGAGGAGGGAAAAGAGAAAUCCCUAUUAGAGGCUACUACCUCCAGCACCACAGUGGCAUCUACCACAGCUUCGGAGGAAUAUGUAGUAGACUAUGAUAGCGUUGCAGGCCCUCCACUGCUUGAGGCUGGGCCUCCUCAUGGAAUGGAAACCACCGUGGAACCUGAGACAGGAACAGACCUUGGAUACACCAUUGAGGGUCAGACUGUUGACAUCCCAGGUGUUCAUUCUUGCACUGAGAACGUGUGCCUGAAUGGAGGUUCUUGCUAUAAGAGGGGAGAAUCCUAUAUCUGUGCAUGUGCCCCUGGCUACAGCGGGGUGCACUGUGAAACAGAUAUUGACGAGUGCCAGUCCAACCCCUGUCGAAAUGGCGCCACCUGCAUAGAUGGAAUAAACUCUUUCUCAUGUAUCUGCCUUCCAAGCUAUGCAGGAGCACUCUGUGAACAUGACACAGAGACCUGUGACUAUGGGUGGCACAAGUUCCAGGGUCACUGCUACAAGUACCUCACCCACCGCCGGACGUGGGACGCCGCAGAGAGGGAGUGUCGCCUGCAGGGGGCGCACCUGGCCAGCGUUCUUUCGCAUGAGGAGCAGCUCUUUGUCAACCGCUUGGGACAUGACUACCAGUGGAUUGGUCUGAAUGACAAGAUGUUUGAGAAUGAUUUCCGCUGGACAGAUGGUCGUCCCAUGCAAUAUGAGAACUGGAGACCCAGCCAGCCGGACAGCUUCUUCUCCACAGGCGAGGACUGUGUGGUGAUGAUCUGGCAUGAGGGCGGGCAAUGGAAUGAUGUGCCCUGUAACUACCACCUGACCUUCACCUGCAAGAAGGGCACAGUUGCUUGCGGUCAGCCUCCGGUCGUGCAGAAUGCCCGUAUCUUCGGAAACAUGAGGCCUCGUUAUGAGAUCAACUCUCUGGUGCGUUACCACUGCAAGGACGGCUUCAUCCAGAGACACGUGCCCACCAUCCGCUGCCGUGGUGACGGCCAGUGGGACCAGCCCAAAAUCACCUGCAUUAGCCCUUCCACCUACCAAAGGACAUAUGCACAGAAAUCUCAAAACAACAACUACAACAACACCAAGAGGAGAUUUGACGAGUCAGCCCGACAUGUCCACCGCUGGGCCCUUAGACAAGAAAAACAUGACCACUGAUCCCUUCGAGUAUCCCACGGCACAAGCGUGGAAUAUGCUUUUUUGUGACAGACAGCUGAAAAAUAACAAGCAAUAUCAGGUGCCUUUCGAAUGUUUCACAACAAUUUCCGCCAUUUUGUUUUUCUUAAAGAGACUUAUCUAAGGACAACCAAAGGGACUCGGUCAGCUGGCCCUGAAAAAUCUGUGUCUGUCUGCCAUUGGUUGACUGCUGGAUAAUUUUUAUGUACUUUUAUUUUCCUCCUCUUUGUUUUUAACAGGAAUUACUUAUGAUCUCAUGUCUCCUAUCUAUGACUCCUAUUCAUGUUGGAGCUGAUCAUUUCAAACCUACAUUGUGAAACAAAAUGCCCGGACAGUUAUUGAAGGGGAAAAGAGUCAAGGCAAUAGCAACAUACUGUAUGUAAAUAGGCAACAGUGCAAGGCUCAAAUAAUUUAAAUAAUCAGUACAUCGCAUUAAAACAAUUUAAAACUGUUAAGACUUUCUCCUUCAGAGAGUCUGAUUACAGCUCCAUAAGGGGCUCAAACGUCCAGAGCUAGACAAGCAUAGAAUUUACAACAAAAACAAAUAAUGUGACAGCUGCAAAGCAAGGUUUUAUCUAAAAUAUCAAAUGUCAGUGUCAGAUGUACAAAUAAAACACAGAUCAUGCACAAGCUUCUGUGAUGUGACAUUUUAAGUUUUCAAACAAGGGUCACGCUUCCUGCAGAAAUCCGCAGAUUAUAUACUGUGUAGGGAAAACUGUGAUCUGUACUGACUAUGCAAAAGAGCAAGCCAAGAGGACUGCAUAUCUGCCCCAAUCAGAUUUCAAAUUUCUGGCGCACAAGAUAUGGGAGGGGCUUUUUUGAACUGCAUUAUGAACCACACAUACAAAAUAUAAGUAAAUAUAGGAAUCUACAUUUUAAAUUGUUUUCUUAUAGAAUUUAUAAUAAGUUAAUAAUUGGGUUCAUGUUUGUGUAUAUAACCAUUUUAAUAUGUUUGUUUCAUGUGUGGUAUGAUAAAAAAAAAAGCUGCCAGAAAACUUUGUUUGAAUGUUAGUGCCUGACUGUUGCUUCCAGGGAACUUCCUACUAUGACGUUAGCAAUUAAAGUGAAACCAUAGAGAUUCAGCUUAUUGGAUAUUCUACACAAGGGUAAGGGGAAUUUUUUAUAAAGAUAAUAUAAAUUUUUAUUAACAUCCAC